GGAGAAAGAAGGGGCCGGGCCGGGUCCCCGACCCUCCGCCCCCGGAUGGAUAUGCCGGGCCCGGUGUCCCGGCGAGGGGCGGCAGCCGCUGCAACCAUGCUCCUGCGCACGAUCCGGGUUCCCCGUGAGUGCUGGUUCCUGCCGACCGCGCUUCUCUGCGUGUACGGUUUCUUCGCCAGCCUCAGGCCAUCCGACCCUUUCCUAACCCCUUACCUGCUGGGACCGGACAAGAACCUCACCAAGAGGGAGGUCUUCAAUGAAAUUUAUCCAGUAUGGACUUACUCUUACCUGGUGCUACUGUUACCUGUGUUCCUUGCCACAGACUACCUCCGUUAUAAACCUCUUGUUCUGCUGCAGGGACUCAGCCUUAUUGUUACAUGGUUCAUGCUGCUCUAUGCCCAGGGACUGCUGGCCAUUCAGUUCUUGGAAUUCUUCUAUGGUAUUGCAACAGCCACUGAAAUUGCCUAUUACUCUUACAUCUACAGUGUGGUAGAGCUGGGCAUGUACCAGAAAGUCACAAGUUACUGUCGAAGUGCCACAUUGGUGGGCUCCACAGUGGGCUCCAUUCUGGGGCAAAUCCUUGUCUCAGAAGCAGGCUGGUCCCUGUUCAGCCUAAAUGUCGUCUCUCUUACCUCUGUUUCUGUGGCUUUUGCUGUCGCCUGGUUUUUGCCUGUGCCACAGAAGAGCCUUUUCUUUCACCAUAAUCCAUCCACGUGCCGGACAAUGAAUGACACCAAGGUGCAGAAUGGUGGCAUUGUUACUGACACUUCAGCUGCUAACCACCACCUUCCUGGCUGGGAAGACAUCAAGUCAAAAAUCCCUCUGAAUAUGGAGGAGCAUCCCACGGAGAAACCCGAAGCCAAGCCAGACCGUCUCCUUGUGCUGAAGGUCCUUUGGAAUGAUUUCUUGAUAUGCUACUCUUCCCGUCCCUUGCUCUCCUGGUCUGUAUGGUGGGCCCUCUCCACCUGUGGCUAUUUUCAAGUUGUGAACUACAUACAGGGCCUUUGGGAACAAGUGAUGCCUUUUCGCCAGGCUGUUAUUUAUAAUGGUGGUGUGGAGGCUGUUUCAACCUUACUGGGUGCUGUUGCUGUGUUUGCAGUUGGUUAUAUAAAAAUAUCAUGGUCAACUUGGGGAGAAAUGACAUUGUCUCUGUUUUCCCUCCUCAUUGCUGCUGCCGUGUAUAUCAUGAACACUGUGGGUAACAUUUGGGUGUGCUAUGCAUCCUAUGUUGUCUUCAAAAUCAUCUACAUGUUACUCAUCACAAUAGCAACUUUCCAGAUUGCUGCAAACCUCAGCAUGGAGCGCUAUGCCCUGGUAUUUGGUGUAAAUACCUUCAUUGCCCUGGCAUUACAGACUGUACUCACUUUAAUUGUGGUAGAUGCCAGUGGUCUUGGCUUAAAAAUUACCACUCAGUUCUUGAUCUACGCUGGCUAUUUCGCACUCAUCGCUGUGGUUUUCCUGAUUAAUGGUGCAGUCAGUAUUAUAAAGGAAUACAGAAAGCCAGAAGAUCCAGAAUCGAUUUCUCAAGUCACUACUUCAUAAUACACUGCUGACAGACUUCUUCUUAUAGCAAGAACUCUGCACAGCAACUGUGCCUGGAUGUAUUUAAUUUUUUAAGGUGUAGACAUAUAUAUUUAUGAAUGUGCAUUUCAUGGCUUCAAAGCAGCCACUUUACUAACAUGUUGUAUUAUUGGACUAUUAUAAUAAUAUUCAAAGGCCAGAAGUGAAGUUUAUUUCAUGAGUUAUUUAUGAGAGCUAAAUUUAAGGAUGAUUUUUUUUCCCCCUCAUUCAAAGGUAAACUUGAUUUUGAAACGAAGUAAUCAAGCAGCACAUGACUUGUACACUUGAUUAGCAAAUGAGUUGGAUGUAUUA